UUGAUCGAAAAUAUAAGUGGCGUGUUUUAUUUAGAAGAAUUUAAUUUUAUAUUGACGCUACCACACUAAUAGUAGGCCUAAUGGCUUUUCCAGCAUUAAGUGCACAACAAGAAACUACUCAACGAAAAGUCCUGGAAGACGUUAGAAAACAACUUAUUCAUAAAGGAGUCCCACCAGUAACAGGAUUAGGCACAGGCUUAACUCCACCCGUUAGCCAAGUGCCUACAACGCAAAUAAUUGGAACAUUACCUGAUUUCGGACCUGGCACCAGUGCCGCAACAACACCACGCUCAAUUUUUAAUCCAAAUAGCGCAUCUACUUUAGGGUUUUUUAUACCUCAAGAUAGUUUUUUCGGUAACAACUUUAUACCAGUGUUACCUCGUUUAGAGCCUUCAUCACCAAAUCAAACGCCUAAGUAAAUUCUUUUAAUAU